CGAUUAGUUUCCAGGGGUUGAUACAUAUAUAUAUGUAUUUAUACAUAAAUGCCUCAUCCUGUGACAUCCUGUGAUACAGUUUCCAUGCUGCUGGUUGUAAUGGUUCACUAGUCUUCUUGACUCUACUAUCCUUGCAUUGCUGAAGCUGCUCAAAGGGUAGAAAUACUUAAAUAUUUGCCAAGGGCUUGCUGACUGUGAUGAGGCUUUGCCGCAGCAAGAGAGUACAGCAGCACUCUACAAAUCUCUUCCAAAGCAAACUACCUCGCCAGCAAGUCCUUGUAUUCGGAUACCCCCAUGGCCGCUUGCUCGAGAAGUGCAUGGCCCGUGGCCUCUACAGCCUCUAGCUUCUUAAUCCUUAUCACUGGGGCCCUUUUGGCUUCGAAUUUCGUUCUCCCACCGCUUCCGUUUCAAAGAUUGGUGGCCCAUCGCACUGCCAGAGCGGCAAGCAGAGGCUUUUUGUUGUUCAAUGCUGAGGAGAACCAGAAGGAAAAGUUUAUGCUUGCCAAGCUUUUUGACUUGAUAAACGAACUGCCCAAAGAAUUUGCAGCACUGGAUUGGCAACCACCAGAUUCAAGAGGAACAAGGUAUUUCAAUGCCAUGGAUAACAAGUGCGUGCAGUAUUUUGCAGCUGGGAGAGAGGAAUCCUGGUCUGACGCGCUUAAGAAUAACUUUAGAUCCCGGGGCUCUGGCGAUACAUCAGUUCCGCUUUCUUUUGUGGAGUUUGUGGGUGAACGCUUGCCUUUGGAGAAGGGCUCGAUGGAUGUUGCCCUGCUGCAGCCCGGUGCCGCAGACGGUUUGGGACCAAGAGUCUUCCGGCAGAUCUUUAGAGAGACAUCCCGCGUUUUGAAGCCUAAAAGCCGAUUCUUGGUCUUCAUCGAUGCAUCAACCAAACUGCCAGCCACUGGGGCGAAUUAUUUUGACAUCGAACGCCGCUUCAAGAGAGACACAACUAGAUGCUAUCGGCUGAUCAGAAAGCCACGAUUGAGACCGAGUUCGAUACGAGCUGGGGCACAGGCUGAAAAGGAAGUGGUUCGCAAAGAGCCAAAACUUAAGCGGCCCAAACCGCUCUCCGUAAGUGAGCUUGAAAGCGCUCUAGCAGACGAGGAAUGAUCAUGAAUGAUUGAUCAUUCGUUGAGAGAAGAACAGUGUCAAGAAGUAGCAAGU